AUGGUUUAUUCAAUUCAGGUUGGUGAUUUCAUAAUCCGAGCAACGCAACCGAGGCCGACUGAUCCACGAGAAAUUGUCGUUUCAGUAAGAGUCAAACCUAACGAAGAUGAUCCGGUUACGAUUCGACAUAUUGUAAUAAGAAGACGUAUGAAAGAAGACGGUUCGCUGGAAUGGCGUGCGAUUGAAGAUGAGUGUUAUUCAUCAGUGCGAGAACUUAUCGAUAAUUAUAUGGCAUCAGGACGGCCACUUAAUCCUGAGGUCAAAUCAUCUGUAUUAAUUCGUUCAAUUAAAAGGAAAUCAUGGGAAUUUUUGCAUGAAGAUAUAAAAUUAAAUGAUUUACUUGGUGAGGGGCAAUAUGGUGAGGUUCGUGCAGGUGAAGCGCUUGUGAAUGGUAGAAAAUUAUCGGUGGCUGUUAAAGUUGCAAAAGUAGUGAAAGAAGAAUCACAAAUGGCGAAAGCAAAAGAGAAAAUCAAAGAGAUGAUGCAUGAAGCACGU